AUGCCAGAAUCAGCAUAUGUCUCCGAUCCUAAUAAACCACAAAUCAAAGUGACAUUGUCGCAGGAUGUUUCAACACAUUCUCUAGAAUAUCCAAUUGGUUCAACUCAAACUGCUAAAUUUGAUUGUUCUAAUAUUUCUGGAGAUCCUGAGAUAUUAAUCCAAGCAUACAAACUUUUUCCAACAAUUCCGGAACCAACUUAUCUUGAUGUUUGGCCAUCUCCAAUGGUAAAUAUUCCAAUAUAA